GGUACCACCUGGUGCAGAGAUGAACCCUCAGGACUGAGCGAGCGAAGCAUGUUCCAGAUCUCCUCCGUGUAGAAGUGAACAUCAGAAAUGUCAGCUUCUGAGGCCUUUGUGACCCUGAUCACCUCAGACUCCUACUGUCCAGGAGCUGUGGUGGUCGCCAGAAGCCUGCGGCGGCACGGGACAACCCGUUGUGUUGUCGUCAUGGUUACACCAAACAUAUCAGAGCAGACAAGAUUCUCCCUGGAGAAGGAGUUUAAUGAGGUCAUCAUGGUGGACGGGAUGGACAGCAAGGACCAGCUCUACCUUUCCCUGCUGGGGCGUCCGGAGCUUGGCAUCACCUUCACCAAGAUUCACUGCUGGACACUAACCCAGUUUAGAAAAUGUGUCUUCCUGGAUGCUGACACACUCGUUCUGUGCAACGUGGAUGAGCUGUUUGACAGGGAAGAGCUCUCUGCAGCUCCUGAUCCCGGAUGGCCCGACUGUUUCAACUCCGGCGUGUUUGUCUUCAGACCAUCACUCCACACCCACAGCAGGUUGCUGGAGCACGCCCUGAACCAUGGCAGCUUUGAUGGAGGAGACCAGGGCCUGCUGAACUCCUUCUUCAGUAGCUGGUCUGUGGAGGACAUCAGUAAACACCUGCCACUCAUCUACAACCUCACUACCAGCUCUAGCUACAGCUAUCUCCCAGCUUUCAGACAGUUUGGACACAAAGCAAAAAUAAUCCACUUCACAGGAGCACUGAAGCCCUGGAGCUCGCAGAGGGAAGAUCGCUGUUCACACAUGAUGGAGCAGUUUGUGUCUCUGUGGUGGAACGAAUUCCUCAGUCAUACAGCACCAUCUGUUCCACAGACUCAACCGAGCCAAAGCAGUAACAAACAACAGGUCCAAGACCAAGAAGGCAAGAUCCCUUUUAGAAAGAAACUGGACUGGACCCACUCACUUUUGGCUCAUUUUGCUCCUCCCUCUGAAAGUCUUAAUUCACAGACGUGUUCCCACACAGAUAACACAUCACAGGAGGAAGAACCAGAAUCAUCUGAGGGAGCGGAGGUCACCCAUCCACCUGCAGAGGAAAAUGGGAACACUGCUGCUCCUCCUGUAAGGAAAAUUUUCUACUUUUUCUAAUGUCUUUGUUUGGGUUCCAAAUCCAGGUGAACUGGAGGAAAACAGCUACUAAAGCAGUUAACAAGACGAGUCUUUUCCCAUAUUUUCCCCACAUUUCUUUAAGCUUUUGUGCAGUCUGUAGACUUUGCUUUAAGUUCUGAGUGAAGUGUCUGAACUGAAUGAAUCCACUUUGUUGGUUCAUUAGCUGACUGAACUGGAUUUCAUGUGCAACUGGAGUCGGUGUCACCGCAGAUUUUUGUCCUCUUUUCAACUUAUAAGUUAUAAAUCAUCAUCCUGCUCUGACUCAGAAAUUAUCUGUAGUUGAAUCCGAUGUUUUUAUCCU